UGCCCGUCCAGCAUCGGUCUAGAUCGGUUGAUCAGAUGUCGGAUCGUGUUCGAUCAGAUAUGAAUAUUAUGAAAUGAAUUGAAUCAUAACAUGAUCAUAACCAAUCAUAACAAAAUGAUAACAAACCAUGCUCACAUAAUGUUAAUCAAAUGUUUUUUGUUAUCUAAAUGAUUAGAUAUUACUUAUUCCUGUUGUUAAGUAAGAUCAUACUGUAGUGUUGCAUUGAAAAAAUAUUAAGCCAUUAAACAUAUGGGUAAAAAGUUUUCGAAAAAUGAAUUGCGCUGUGCAAUGGUUGUGAACAAAACCAUACGAACGCGAUGGAUUCGUAAAUACAAAAUAUUUUUUAUACUUGGAUUUUUUACUAUAAUUUUACAAAUGUAUCUUGCCAUUCAGUUUAUUUCGUUACACAAUGAAACAGAAAAUGAUAUCAGUUGGAACCCCCAGAAAGAUCAAUUAGAGUCAGAGGGCAAAGCAAAUUCCGCUAAAAAAGUUGGAUUAUUGGAUGAUGAAGAUACCCAAAUUUUUUCAAAUUCCCAAAAGGAGAAAAAACAAAUUAAUGGAAAUGAAUCAAAUAGAAGUAGCAACAAAGUACUAACAUAUUUACGAUUAGAAGAACUUGAUUUCAUUCCCAGUUGUGAUAUUGACAUCAAGGAGGCUAUUUCUGCUAUACAUAGAGCAACAACACAAAGAUGUAAACAGUUUAUUGCUAAUAUAACUUGUUCUGAGAAAGAGAAAAAAUUGUAUCCAGCUUCAUUACCUCAUUACUGUCCUACAGAUGGUUUUACUAAAAAUAAGGCAUUAGGAUGUUUUAAAGAUAAAAAUAAUUCUAGAUUGUUAAGUGGCUUUUAUGCAAAAUAUGAAAAGACUAAUUCACCUGAACACUGCUUGGGGAUAUGUCUACAAUCUGGUUUUCCUUUUGCUGGAGUACAGUAUGCAAAUGAGUGCUUCUGUGGAACAGAUAAACCUCCUUCAUCUGCAAAACUUCCGGACUCCUCAUGCAACAUGAAAUGCUCAGGAAAUGUCAAUAAAGUUUGUGGGGGUUAUUUUACAAUUAAUGUUUUUGAAACAGGAAUUAAAAGACCUACUUCUCAAACAGUUAUCACUGAUUCAUUAUUAAAUGCAAAAAGAGUUAAAAUUGUUUUUUUGCUUACAUUAAAUGGACGUGCUUUGCGCCAAAUAAAAAGACUGAUUAACAUUUUAGCUCAUCAAAAUGUUAUGUUCUAUAUCCAUGUGGAUGUGAGGCAGGACUAUUUAUUCAGAGAACUGCUUAUCCUAGAAAAACAGUUUCCAAAUAUUCUAAAGUUGACAAGAAAUAGAUUUUCAACCAUUUGGGGAGGUGCUUCAUUAUUAACAAUGCUGUUAUCAUGUAUGAAUGAACUUCUGCACUCUGACUGGCAAUGGGAUUUUAUUAUUAAUCUGAGCGAAUCAGAUUAUCCUGUGAAGACUAUUGAUAAGCUUAUAAAUUUUCUUUCCGUUAAUUCACACCAAAACUUUGUUAAGUCUCACGGACGAGAAGUGCAACGUUUCAUUCAAAAACAAGGUCUUGACAAAACUUUUGUUGAAUGUGAUAAUCAUAUGUGGCGCAUUGGCGAUCGAAAACUCCCGGAAGGCAUCGUAAUAGACGGUGGUAGUGAUUGGGUGGCGUUAUCACGUAAAUUUGUGGCCUAUGUAGCAAGCGAUACUCCAGCAGAUUUAGUUACAGGUUUAUUAAAAGUUUUUCGAUAUACUUUAUUACCAGCAGAAUCAUUUUUCCAUACUGUCUUGAAAAAUUCUGAAUUCUGUAAUCGAAGUGUAGACAACAAUCUCCAUGUAACAAACUGGAAAAGAAAACUAGGUUGUAAAUGUCAAUAUAAACAUAUUGUAGAUUGGUGUGGCUGUAGUCCUAAUGACUUUAAAACAGAAGACUGGAUGCGAAUCCAAAACACAGAGAAUAAACAGAUCUUCUUCGCGCGAAAAUUUGAACCUGUUAUUAAUCAAGCCAUUAUUCUCCAGUUAGAACGAUGGCUCUUUGGAUCAUUAUUUGAAGAAGUUCCUAAUGUAGAUUCAUAUUGGCAAAGUGUCUAUCACUAUCAAGAUUUGAGUCUUGUGGACGAUGCUCUUCUUACCAUUGCUCAAAGUGUUAUCAGACUUCAGUCUAAACGAUUUUUCAACCAACAUUGCCAAUUUCACUCUACUAAAAUCAUGGAGAUUACAACAUAUCAUAAACAGGAUAUGUACAAAGGCAACCUAAUAUUGUUUGAAACAAAUGAGGGAUUUCAUUUUGAACUAUUAUGUAAACCAAAAAGCCUUUUUAUUAUUCGCAAACUCACUUCUAUAUCCAAACGCUUAGAAAGUAUUACCGUUAGCAGUGAGUAUGAUCUAAAGGAAAAAGUAAGCAGAAAUUUUCUAAAGGCAUUAGGACCAUACUCAGAACCUGUUCUUAUUUAUCAGUUUAUGGCGGAUACGGAUUUUCAUACAAGAACCUAUAAUAUUUCAUUUGUAUGGAUAAAUCCUGCAGGAAAUAUUGAAGAAGUAAGCAGCAUUCAGUUAGAUGAAAACUUUACCAUUGAAAUUGUAAAGCCGUCUUUAAAGCAACCAUUAUUACCGGGAUUAUGGAUAAUUUAUCUAGUUCAUGAACGGGAAGUGCUGGUUCAAGUUAAAUUUCUAAUAGUUCCUCUUCAGUAUGUGUCAGGAAGUCCUAUAAAUAAUUCUCAGAUAAAUUAUUUCCAUUCUGGAAAUGGAGAAGUAAAAGAAUUUAGCGUGGAAUGGAAUGAUUAUGGACCAAGAUCAAUAGAGAGAGAAAGUUUAAAGAGAACAUCUAUAGCUAAUUCAAGACGUUUUGGGGAAGAUCUCGAAAAUUGGAUAGAUUCGCUCGUUAGUAAGUCGUAUAAAUUAGGUGAAUUAUGCAUCGUGAAAAUAUCUAAUAAUUCGUGUUUCGAAAAUUUAUCUUUGUGCGAAAAAACUGACUGGAGUAGUAUGUCUCCAGAUCCAAAAAGUUCUCUCAAGAAUUUAAGUAGAAAAUUAUCCGAAUCGUAGUUUUCAUUUUGUUUACCGUUAGAAAUCUUCAGUGCCAUUUAAAUAAAAUAAUCAAUGUCAUUCAAAAGUCUGAUAAUGUAUUCUGUACAUAUUGAAGAAAUUAUUUUUAUUUAUAUUUUAAAUGUUUGACAGAUUUUUGUAAGUUAGGUAGUAGAAAUAAAUGAGCAAUGUUCUCGUAAUUCGUAAACAGUUAAAAUGUAAUAAAAAGACCAAAAGAAGACGCUACUGUCUCGUGCAUGUAGGUUUAACAUAAAAUAUGGAAACUUUUAUUUACAUAAAGUACGGAUUUUUUAAUGCUUAAGUGUAUCCAAUUUUUCAAUGUUUUACUUUAUUUCUGUUAACGGUAGUGGAUUAAGAGUCACGCUCUAAAAUUAGUUUAUGGUUUAAACAAGUGUAUUUAUUAACUGUAAGCGUGAAUUAUCUAAAAAGAAAUCAUUUUAAUUACGAUGUACCUACUAAAUUAACACUUCAUUUAUAGAAUAUAUAUUGACAUACAAUACGUAUGUAUGUUGUGAUAAAAAGGUGCUCGAUAUAAUUAGUGUAUACUUUUAUAUGUUAUGUAUUUAUUGUAUGUAAUCUUAUUGGCAGGGCAAAUUAUAAAUGAAAAAUUUUGUUGUUUUAAAAUAAUGUGCAAACAACACUUAGGUACUGUUAAAUAACCCAAAAAAAUUCAAUUUACGGUACAGAUAACUGUUCGUUCUUAUUUAUUUAUUGUAUGUAUAAUUAUAAAAUGUAGAAUAAUAAGUACUGUAAUUGUGAGGUAAAAUAAACUAUAUUUUAAUUUAACGAAAUCAUA